UGCUGUACAAAAUGAUAUUCCUCACGACACUGCCCUUAUUUUGGAUUAUGAUUUCAGCUUCUCGAGGAGGCCACUGGGGUGCCUGGAUGCCUUCGUCCAUCUCGGCCUUCGAGGGUACGUGCGUCUCCAUCCCUUGCCGCUUUGAUUUCCCCGAUGAGCUGCGGCCUGCUGUUGUGCAUGGUGUCUGGUACUUUAACAGUCCGUACCCGAAGAACUACCCCCCAGUGGUCUUCAAGUCCCGCACCCAAGUGGUCCAUGAGAGCUUCCAGGGUCGAAGCCGCCUCCUGGGAGACCUGGGCCUUCGCAACUGCACCCUCCUGCUCAGUAACCUCAGCCCCGAGCUGGGUGGCAAGUAUUACUUCCGAGGAGACCUGGGAGGCUACAACCAGUACACCUUCUCAGAGCACAGUGUCCUGGACAUCAUCAGCACCCCCAACAUUGUAGUGCCCCCGGAGGUGGUGGCAGGCACGGAGGUGGAGGUCAGCUGUAUGGUGCCAGACAACUGCCCAGAGCUGCGGCCAGAGCUCAGCUGGCUGGGCCAAGACGGACUGGGGGAGCCUGCUGUGCUAGGUCGACUGCGUGAGGACGAGGGUACCUGGGUGCAGGUGUCGCUACUGCACUUCGUGCCCACUAGGGAAGUCAACGGCCACCGGCUGGGUUGCCAAGCAUCCUUCCCCAAUACCACCCUGCAGUUCGAAGGCUACGCUAGCCUGGACGUCAAGUACCCCCCUGUGAUUGUGGAGAUGAACUCCUCUGUAGAGGCCAUCGAGGGCUCUCAUGUCAGCCUGCUCUGUGGGGCGGACAGCAACCCGCCCCCGCUGUUGACUUGGAUGCGGGACGGGACUGUGCUCCGGGAGGCCGUGGCUGAGAUCCUGUUCCUGGAACUGGACGAGGUGACCCCUGGGGAGGAUGGCGUCUAUGCCUGCCUGGCAGAGAACGCCUACGGCCAGGAUAACCGUACUGUGGAGCUCAGCGUCAUGUAUGCACCCUGGAAGCCGACAGUGAAUGGGACGGUGGUGGCCGUGGAGGGGGAGACAGUAUCCAUUUCGUGCUCUACCCAGAGCAACCCAGACCCCAUUCUCACCAUCUUUAAGGAGAAACAGAUCCUGGCCACGGUCAUCUAUGAGAGUGAGCUGCAGCUAGAGCUGCCGGCCGUCACGCCUGAAGAUGAUGGAGAAUACUGGUGCGUGGCUGAGAACCAGUAUGGCCAGCGGGCCACUGCCUUCAACCUUUCUGUGGAGUUUGCCCCCAUGAUCCUCUUGGAGUCCCACUGUGCAGCGGCCCGUGACACAGUGCAGUGCCUGUGUGUGGUCAAGGCCAACCCAGAGCCUGCUGUGGCCUUUGAGCUGCCCUCUCGCAACGUGACCGUGAAUGAGACGGAGCGGGAGUUUGUGUAUUCCGAACGCAGUGGCCUCUUGCUCACCAGCAUCCUCACGCUUCGCGGGCAGGCCCAGGCCCCACCCCGGGUCCUCUGCACCUCCCGAAACCUCUAUGGCACCAAGAGCCUGGAGCUGCCCUUCCAGGGGGCCCAUCGAUUGAUGUGGGCCAAGAUCGGGCCAGUGGGAGCAGUGGUUGCCUUUGCCAUUCUCAUUGCCAUCGUCUGCUACAUCACUCAGACUCGAAGGAAAAAGAAUGUGACAGAGAGCCCCAGCUUCUCUGCUGGGGACAACCCCCCUGUGCUGUUCAGCAGUGAUUUCCGCAUCUCUGGGGCACCGGAGAAGUAUGAGUAACCCAGCGCGGUCUCCACCCUGGAAUGUCACUGAGGGCCCCAGGAGAGCCAGAGGCGUUUGGGAUCUGAGAGGAGACUGCUGGGUCUUCGGGGGGAGCCCCCAGAGCUGGACCUGAGCUAUUCACACUUGGACCUGGGGAAGAGACCCACCAAGGACAGCUACACCCUGACGGAAGAGCUAGCGGAGUAUGCUGAAAUCCGCGUCAAAUAAGAGAGCCACGGGCAGUCAGUGUGGCCACCCCCUUUCAGGAUCCUCGCUGACCCCACUGACUGUGGGCUUCCUUCCUCCCUAAAGUAGUGGGGGCUGGGGCAGGAAGGGGGUGGGGCGGGUGACUGUAGGGUCCUGGGGGCCUGGCCUCUUUCUCCUUCCCAGCUGCCAGCAUCCCUUCCGGUCCCCACGAUGGCUCCCCUUUAAUCUCCUUUAACCUCAUCUGUCUGGAGGGGAGCUCUGUCUAUUCGUGUUAUUUAUUUUUACCCGCUGCCCUGUUUCCUAUCCCCAUACCUAGUCCCAGGGCCUUUCCAAAAGGGACAUGCAAUAAAUGCCCCAAAGCCAAA